AUGCACUAUCUUUCCUUUGCAGCUCUUGCUUUUGCGCCCAUCUUGGCUAUUGCGACUCCUGUUAGCCGUUGCACGGGCACUAUCGCCUCUCUGGAUGACGUCGCUGCUGCCCAGAAAUGCACUACUGUCACUAUCAAAGGCUUUACUGUCCCUGCCGGAAAGACGUUUGAGCUUUCUCUCCUAGACAACACCGUUGUCAACAUGGAAGGAGACGUAAAGUUCGGAGUUGCGAACUGGGCCGGGCCGCUAUUUUCCGUCUCGGGAAAGGGUAUCACAUUCAACGGCAAUGGCCACACGUUCGAUGGUCAAGGCCCGUCCUACUGGGAUGGUCAGGGCGGUAAUGGAGGUGUGACCAAGCCCCACCCGAUGAUGAAGAUCAAGAUUUCGGGUACAUACUCCAACGUAAAGGUCCUCAACUCGCCCGCACAUACCUACAGCAUCUCGAACCCUGCAAAGCUGGUCAUGUCCAAGCUUACAAUUGACAACUCUGCAGGAGAUGCCCCGAAUAAUCAAUCCGGAGGCAAGGCCGCCGGUCACAAUACUGAUGGCUUUGAUGUUUCCACCACCGACCUCACCAUUGAGGACAGCACCAUCCGUAACCAGGAUGACUGCAUUGCCAUUAAUAAGGGCUCGAACAUCAUCUUCCAGCGCAACUCUUGCACCGGCGGUCAUGGUAUCUCUAUCGGUUCGAUCUCGACCGGAGCGACCGUCCAAAACGUACAGAUCCUGAACAACCAGAUCAUCAACAACGACCAGGCUCUCCGCAUUAAGACUAAAGCGGAUGCUACCAGUGCUUCUGUCUCUGGGAUCACUUUCUCUGGCAACACUGCAACUGGCACAAAGAAAUUCGGUGUGAUUGUUGACCAGGGAUAUCCCACUACACUCGGAGCUCCUGGAAAUGGGGUCAAGAUUUCGGGAAUUAACUUCACUGGAAGCACCAACAAUAUCGCAGUCACUUCCAGCGCUCAGCGAGUGGCCGUUAACUGUGGCACAGGAUGCACAGAGACUUCGAUUUCCGACCUCCUCCUCGUUCUCAAGAAUCCGUCGGAUGUGAAACUUGACCGACCCGCUCACGCUCGGUGGGCCUACACUUCACUCAUCCAGGGACUUCCCGGCCGGUAUACCUCACAAGACGCGUCCCAGCCGUGGCUCAUUUAUUGGGCAUUACAAACCCUUACAUGUCUUGGGGUUCAAUUGGACCCCGCCACCAAACAGCGCACUAUUGAUACAAUCAUCGCAAAUCAGCAUCCUGAUGGUGGUUUUGGAGGAGGACCUGGUCAACUACCUCAUUUACUCCCUACUUAUGCAUCCGAUGAAACAGCCGAUGGAUCAUUUGUCGUUAACAAGGACGCCGAAGUGGAUGUCAGGGGAACAUAUUGUCUUUUAGUUGUAGCAACUCUCCUCGACAUAUUAACUCCAGAAUUGGUGGAGGGAACUUCCGAGUUCUUACGCAGCUGUCAGACAUAUGAGGGAGGAUUCGCGUCCUCUUCCACCCAUAUUACAGCCCAGAGGAUGCUGGGUAUUACUACAACCCUACCAGAAGCCGGAAGAUCCAAGGUCAAUGUGAAAAAGCUGGUACGAUGGGCGACUGGAAUGCAAGGUCUUCCGAUAGAGGGAGGAGGGUUCCGCGGCCGGACCAACAAAUUAGUUGAUGGCUGUUAUUCGUGGUGGAUUGGAGGGCUCGAGCCCCUUUUGUUGGAGCUGCUCGGGCUUGGUAAUGACGAAGGAGAGACCGAGGUAGUGAGUCAUGUCACAGAGGAAACAGACAGCGAAACUCCAUCCGGUGGGCUCCGCGACAAACCCGGAAAGGCCGCCGAUCUUUACCAUACGGCAUACAAUCUAGCAGGCUAUUCAACGGCUCAGCAUCGAGUUUAUCGAUCUUUAGUCACAGAAAGGAAAUUGCUUGAUGCCUGGAAGAGCUCAAGCGGUGUCAUUCAAGGUUCAGAAGAAAAGAUACGGAAGAUAACUUGGGCUAGGAUAUGCGCAUGGCAGGAAGAUGAAGGUGCACAUUUCUACCUCGGAGGGGAGGGAAAUCGGGUGUCUUUACCUUUAAAAAUGCGCUUCUCUCUUGCUCUUGUCGCUCUUCCGGUUGCGUUGGUGGCCGCUGCUCCUGCUGGAAAGCGCUGCACCGGAACAAUCUCGUCGUUGAAUGAUGUUGCUGCAGCUCAAAAGUGUACAACGAUCGACAUCAAAGGCUUCACUGUCCCCGCCGGCAAGACCUUUGCCCUUUCUUGCCUUUCGGGUACCACAGUCAACAUGCUCGGAGAUGUUAAAUUCGGAGUCGCCAACUGGGCUGGACCACUCUUUUCGAUCAGUGGCACCAACAUCAAGUUCAACGGUAACGGCCACACCUUUGAUGGGCAAGGUGCCUCUUACUGGGAUGGACAAGGCGGCAACGGAGGUGUCCUCAACUCGCCCGCCCAUGUAUACAGCGUUGCCAACCCUGCCAAGUUGGUUAUGUCCAAGCUCACUAUUGAUAACUCCGCUGGUGACAAGGCCAACGGCAAGUCAGGCGGAAAGGCGGCAGGCCACAACACCGACGGCUUUGACGUUUCUACCACCGAUCUCACCAUCGAGGACAGCACCAUUCACAACCAGAUGACUGCAUUGCCAUUAACAAGGGCUCGAACAUCAUCUUCCAGCGCAACUCUUGCACCGGUGGUCACGAUCCUGAACAACAAGAUCAUCGAUAACGACCAGGGACUUCGUAUCAAGACCAAGGCCGAUGCCACCAACGCUGCCGUCACCAACAUCGUAUUUGACGGCAACACUGCGACUGGCAUCAGGAAGUAUGGUGUUAUCGUUGACCAGGGCUAUCCUACCACCCUCGGCAAGGCCGGCAACAGUGUCGCUAUGUCUGGCAUCUCCUUCGGUACCAACAACAUCGCUGUUACCUCGAACGCACAGCGCGUUGCAGUUAACUGUGGCUCCAAGUGCACUGGUAACUGGGACUGGUCUAAGCUCAAGGUGACUGGAGGCAAGGCCGGAAAGAUGUACAACUACAAGAACAUCAAGUCCGGAAGCUACUAA